AUGUUUUCUUUAUGUCCUAGCGCGCCUGAACUCCGAGGAUACACGUGGAAUUUUUGUAUAUAUAUCGGCAAGGAUAUAUACGACGUGUCACAUAUACCAGGAACAGAACACCUGUCUUUUUCUGAGAAAAUAGUUGUUCACCUUUGCCAGAAUCUACUGAACAGUAAUCGUGAAGUCAUUGCUGACAAUUGGUAUACAUCAGUUCGUCUUUGCGAGUUUCUUUUGACACAAAACACUUUCCUGACCGGCACCAUUCGAUCAAAUAGGGGCGUUCCAAAAGGUUUAGCUUCGGUUCCGUUACAAAAACAACAAUCAUGUUUUGUUCGCAAGGAUAUGCUUCUUUUAGUUCGGUACAGUGACAAGAAAGACGUUUAUCUUUUGACCAGUAAACAUACUGCUGGAUUUUGUGAAAAACAACGAUAUGAAUCGGGUGGAAAAGUUUUUUAUUAUAACAAGCCACAACAUAUUGAAUUCUAUAACCAAAAUAUGGGAGCAGUCGACGCGGUGGACCAAGAUACUGAACCGUACAGCCCUUUGCGAAAAUCCUAUACUUGGUUUACCAAGAUAGGUCUCCAUAUUUUACAUCAGAUGCUGUUGAACUCCAAGAUAUUUUACAGCCAGGCUCAUAAAAAGCAAGUUUCAAUGUAUAAGUAUACAAGACUAAGCUGUCGCGGUAUAAUUUUGAAAUAUAGUAAAGGAUACCAAGAAAUGAAUGAUAAAAAUAAACCAUCAUCUUCCAAAGUAUUGCAUGCAAUGGCCGAUUUUCCAAAGAAAGUUGGGAAAAAAAGAGCUCUACGAAAAGUAUGUGUUAUUUGUAAAAGACAUGGUGUGCGUAAACUAACAAGAAAAUGCUACAUUGGUUGUCCCGAAAAACCUGGACUCUGCACAGCUGAACAUUUUGAAAAUUAUCACAAAUGA